GUUGCCGAUCGGUGGCAGUGGCGGCCCGGAGCGCGACCCGGCUGGCCGACACAGCGCUUCAAUCGCUCUCCACACGCGCGCUUUGCGAAAUCUUUACGUCAGUUGUGCAAGCUGUAUAGAAAUGUUGUCGACCACUGUACUCCUGUUUGUGCUGCAUUUUGUUGCGGCUGAUAUUCCGUCAUACAUCAAGGUGUGUCAGCGUAACGACCCUAAUGUGGACAAGUGUAUCAUAAACUCCGUCGAUCAACUGCGGCCUAAAAUGAUAAACGGUAUACCAGAGCUAAAUGUGCCCGGCAUAGAACCGCUGAGCCUCGGUCAGAUUGCGCUGGCCCGCGGACCCCAGGGUGCGAAGCUGACUGCGGUGGUUAAUGAUGUGAAGGUCACUGGACCCAGUAACUUCAUCAUCGAGGAACUGAAGUCUGACUUGGAUAACAAUCGGUUCGACUUCAAACUGCUGUUGCCAAAGCUAGACUUCAACGGAAAAUACAAGAUGGACAUACAAGUAUUGCUGCUGAGGCUUCAGGGCAGAGGGAACAUCACGGGGACUUUUAAAGACUACGCCUGCAACGUCACAAUGAGAGGACAUAAGGAGACGCGCGGCGAAGACGAAUAUCUUCAAUUUGACCCGUUCAAAGUAAAACUUCGCGUGGGUCAGUCAUCUAUCUACCUUACCAACCUCUUUGACGGUGAUCCAGUACUGGGACCUGCUACAAACAGGGUCAUCAAUGAGAAUUCCCAAGUCUUCCUACAGGAGAUAAGUCCAGUUUUAGAACGGAGUCUGGCAGACUUGUUCACAGAAAUGGCGAAUAAAAUAACAUCGAAAUUCACUUAUAAAGAACUCUUCCCAUGACGUGUCGCGUUUGAUAUAGGUGUAGAUUAUGGAGAUAGAUACAGUUUUUAAUUUAGUAUUGAUGGCUUACGCAGACUUUUACGCAUUGGAACAAGAUCGCCGCGAAAUAGAUUAGUAAUUGAGUGACUUAUGUUAAAUAACAUAAAGUACGUAAUUAAUUAACACAAUGAUUCUACAAAAUAUUAUUAUGUAUUGUAUGUAAGUUAUAACCUCGGAAUAGAGAACAAAUAGUAGGUGUCGGAAAUAUAUCUGCAAAAAAAUUUUGUGAAUGGUAUUUGAUGUGUAGAAGUGGCUAAGUCUUUAAAAGUACAGAUGCUGAUGAAAAAGCAAAUUCUGUUUUUUCAAGUACAUUAUUUGUAUGAAAUAUACAUAAUAUUGGUAUUAUUAUGGAGUCUUUUGUAUAAAUGAAGCCAUUAAUGUUUUCAAGGGUAUAAAACUUGGCACUCAUGUUCAUUUCAAUAACUAUCACCAUCAUUAGCUCCUAAAUAAUUUUUUUAACUGCAUCCUGCAAACGUGAUUCAUAUUCAUUUUUCAUUUCAUUGUAGUAAAUAUAUAUAAUUAUUGCUUAUCACAUAUUUUAUUUUGAAUUGAAAAUAAGUUUUAGGUUUAACCGCAACUUCAAAAAAUGUAAUAGUAAGUUCAUGUUGAAAUUUAUGGAAUGUUAAGACGCUAGUAUAGAGGCAUCGGUUAUUUAAGACAAGUAUUAGUUAAGUAUAAUUUAAACAUUAAAACUUUAUGAAAUAACGCCAUUAUCCAUAUACAAAUAGCGAAAAUUAAGAUGAGCCAAGUAUGUAUCAGCUGUUUUAUCUUGGUUAUUAAUUAUCUGCAAAAAUAUGAAAUCACGAAUUAUUUGUCGUUCAUUAUUGAUUCUACUUUUGUUUCUCCUAAGAUUUUAUUCGUACAGAUGAUUUGUGAAGUCACAAUAUGAUACAUGGGUUGGUUUUGUAUAAUACUCUAAUUAUAAUUAGGUAUUCUAUGUAUACUUACUGUGUGCAGCUUUUGUUUGAGUAAAAUAUUAAUACAACAUUUCAGAUGCAAAACAGGUUUAUUGGUAAUUCAUAAAAUAGUCUUGUCAUCAUAACAUCGUGUUAUUUUGUAAAGAAUUUGUAAAUAAAAUGGUAAAAAUUAAGUUUAAAUAUAAGAAUUGUUUAUAAUAUUCUAGUUAUGUUUAUUAAAUAUUAAUCAUGCCAUUGAAA